CGUCAUUUCAUGAAAACGUCAAAAAUAUAUCCAAAUUAGAUUGAAUAAAAGCUAAAUAAACCACAGGCACAAGACAUAAGUUAAGGUUUACUUAAAUAAAUCUCAACAUUCCAGAAAGAAGUUAAAUUUAUUCAAUUGCUGGCAAGCAACCAUCUCCGGAAAGCUGCUUUUUUGUAUGGGCCUCUACUGUCUGUCAAUCAACAAAUUUAUCUGAGGGCUUGUUUCUUCUUCGCAAUCGCAUAUCAAGUUGUUUUUGUUUUGCUUUUUCCGUAGCUUGGUGAUUUUCUUCAUCAUCGAAAAUCAGUGUAUUUUUAGAUACAAUAGACGUUUUCCAGCUGCUAAAAGAAUUUAAAUAAAACAAUGUCGUCCAACUUCAAGUACACAAUGCUUAAAACAGUUAAGCCUUACAUAAAGUAUGUGCCCCAGCUAUCAAAGCCAGUAUUACGUGUUCUCAUCCAAGUGUCGGUGCACUAUAUUGAAAGCCGUAAAUGUUCGCCAGAAGUUUUGGAUCUGGCCCUCACCAAAUUAACUCAUUCCGGUUGUGAAAUUCCAGAGAACUUCUGUGAAUUGUUUGCUGCCAUUCUACAGAUAAUGCAAAUAUUUCUAAGGACACCUAAGGGCAGUGUCAAGGACGAUGAAUUACGCCAGUGUCUGAGGGAGUUAAAGUUCACAGAAGAGUGCAUUGACGAUAUUAGCAAGGUUUUGCACAAUCACAGAGACUCCUUGACAAAGAACUUUUAUGAGGUAAAAUGCCUUAGGUCGCCUCCGAAAAGAUUGCAGUGGCGAAUUAAUAUUUCGCUCGGAGAUUGUGGUAUCAUACAACUCUCACAACCAACAAUCAUAAUCCACUUUCAAACUCCAAACGGCGAAUAUAGGACACUGGAAUUUCCGGUUGCUAUGUUUCAUCGCUUGAGAUACAAUAUCGCCCUGCUGCUAAAAGAGAUGCAAUCCCUUGAGAACCGUGCCCUCAUGAAGAAGUACACCACGUAAAUUCUGUCCUGCAACCUACAAUCAACGCAAAACUUACUUGCUGCUAUACUCUUUUUAUUCCUAAUUCUGUAACCUGUUCCCAAUAUUUAACGAAGAAACAAAAAAUAAAAACAAGUGUGCUACGUUCGAUGUUACUGCAAUUGGUCGAAGUGUCGCUUCUGUAAUCAAUGUACUAUGUCUAAUUUCGACUACAAUAAGAUAUUUAAUGUAUUAUUAUUGUUGAAUUGUUUAAUUCUAUGUAAUUGAGUAGUAAGGCUGUAUUAUGUAGUAUUAGCUAUAUAUUAAUGUUCGAUGUGCCAGUCAAAAAACAAAGUUUGAGAUAAAAAAGACAUAUAUACAAGAAAUAAUUAUAAAAUUAUACAAAAAUGUAUUUGCCUAUGCAAUUGAAUGGUUUAUUUUUAAAUUAAUUAUAUUAUAUAUAAUUGUACUAUUAUUGUAUAUAUAUAUAAAAAAUAAAAUAAAACCGAGUGAGAAAUUACACAACAAACAAAUGUUUCUGUUGGUAUAAUUGUAA